ACACACACACAGACCGCGUACUCCUCUCUGGUCGCUCGCUCCCCAUACCUCUAGGCCAGCCCCUCCCGCAGCAAGUGUGUGCCCUCGGCGCAGCCCCACGGCAAGGCGAGGAACGCAGCGCCCACAGCCUGAGGGACCCGGCACGCAGAAGUAGCGGCCGCCGCGGCUGCAGCGGGACCCGCUCGCAGUUGCCUUCUUCCCCCAGCGCUCGGCGGCGGCGGCCGGGAUACCCUCGGCAGCACCCCAGGUUUCCAGCAGCCUCGCCCGCCCCCGCCGGGGCUGGAAGGCACAGAGCGGCACGCUCCUGGACCUCCUGCCACCUCCAUGAGAGAAGGAGAAGCCGGGCGAAGGAACAGGACUCUUGCCAGUCGGACUCCUCAGCAAGCGUCGAGCGUCCCUUCCUCCCGCGCCGCCCGGGCGCCUGUAAAGCGAAAUGCAGCCGCCGCGCUCUGGCUGAGAGAGAAAGGGACCGGCUGCACCGGCUCACCCGAAAUCCAGCCCCCGCGGCGGCUGCGCGUCCCGGCCGCGGCCCCUCAGGCCCGGGAGUGAGGAGGUGGAGGAGGAGAAGCUGCCGGCCCGGGGUUGGCCGCCGCUGGGGAGGAGGGACGGGACUGGGGGAGGGUGCGAGGGGCGGGAAGGGGGCCCGGGCGGAUAAAGAUGGCAAUGUCUCUCAUCCAAGCGUGCCGCAGUCUGGCUCUCUCAACAUGGCUGCUUUCCUUUUGUUUCGUGCAUCUGCUUUGCCUGGACUUCACCGUGGCCGAGAAGGAGGAAUGGUACACCGCCUUCGUGAACAUCACCUACGCCGAGCCCGCGCCGGACCCCGGGGCUGGGGCGGCGGGCGGCGGCGGCGGCGGCGCGGAGCUGCAUACCGAGAAGACCGAGUGCGGGCGCUACGGGGAGCACUCGCCCAAGCAGGAUGCCCGCGGGGAGGUGGUCAUGGCCAGCUCGGCCCACGACCGCCUGGCCUGCGACCCCAACACCAAGUUCGCCGUCCCUCCCCAGGGCAAGAACUGGAUAGCUCUCAUCCCCAAGGGCAACUGCACGUAUAGGGAUAAGAUUCGGAACGCGUUCCUACAGAACGCCUCCGCCGUGGUCAUCUUCAACGUGGGCUCCAACACCAAUGAGACCAUCACCAUGUCCCACGCAGGUGUAGAAGACAUAGUGGCAAUAAUGAUUCCUGAGCCAAAAGGGAAGGAGAUAGUGAGCCUGCUGGAGAGAAACAUCACCGUGACGAUGUACAUCACCAUCGGGACCCGGAACUUGCAGAAAUAUGUGAGCCGCACCUCGGUUGUGUUUGUCUCCAUCUCCUUCAUUGUCCUGAUGAUCAUUUCCCUCGCAUGGCUGGUCUUUUAUUAUAUCCAGAGGUUUCGAUAUGCAAAUGCCAGGGACAGGAACCAGCGCCGACUGGGAGAUGCAGCCAAGAAAGCCAUCAGCAAGCUCCAGGUCAGGACCAUCAAGAAGGGUGACAAGGAAACCGAGCCUGAUUUUGACAACUGUGCAGUCUGCAUUGAAGGGUACAAGCCUAACGAUGUGGUCAGGAUCUUGCCCUGCCGGCAUCUUUUCCACAAGUCCUGUGUUGACCCCUGGCUUCUAGACCAUCGCACCUGCCCCAUGUGCAAGAUGAACAUUCUUAAAGCCCUAGGGAUCCCGCCCAACGCCGACUGCAUGGACGACUUGCCUACGGACUUCGAGGGCUCUCUGGGAGGCCCACCGACCAACCAGAUCACAGGCGCCAGCGACACGACAGUGAACGAGAGUUCAGUCACUUUGGACCCUGCUGUCCGGACUGGGGGAGCCUUGCAGGUGGUCCAGGAUUCAGACCCCACUCCCCAAGAAGGAGACGUCAUCUUCACUACCAACAGUGAACAGGAGCCGGCUGUAAGCAGUGAUUCUGACAUCUCACUGAUUAUGGCAAUGGAGGUUGGACUGUCUGAUGUAGAACUUUCCACUGACCAAGACUGCGAAGAGGUGAAAUCUUGAAACAGUGACUGUAGACAAAAGGGAUGGUAGGACCCAAGGGGAAGAAGGGGAGGAGUGCUCCAAGACCCGGACCAGGCACACACACCUCCCGAACACCUUGGCAACUCCAGGGUGCUCUGUUCAAGGAUGGUAACGAAAAGCAAUAUCCAAAGUCACAUUUAUCAGGAUGCAGUUUCUCCAUCUCUCCAACAGUCCAUGGCCUUGGCAGUGUGGAAGUUGAAAGCUGAUUUUUCCCUCUAAUGUCCUUGUAGACACAUACUUCAGAAGCUCCUAAAACAGUGACUGAAGGGACACCUUUAGGGUUUCUUAGUUUUAUUUCACUUUUUUCCAGGUCUUACUGUCGUUGUUUUUGGAAUGUUGUUUGAUUUCUUUCAUGGUUUCUUUUUAAAGACUGUUUGUAGUUACUUUACAUCCACUCCUUUGUUGUUGUUUAUUUUUUGUUGUUGUUUUAUCCACUCCAGCUUUUGUAUAGAGUUCUGCUUAGAAGAGUCGAUUCUGACUCUUGAUGACCUCACGUAUGUUGGAGUAAAACUGCUCCAUAGGGUUUUCGGUGGCUGAUUUUUCGAAAGUUGAUCACCAGGCCUUCCUUCUGAGGUGCCUCUGGGUUCACACGAACCUCCAACUUUCCAGUUAGCAGCUGAGUGUGUUAGCAGUUUGCAUCACCCAGACAACGCUUUAAAACUAGGCACCACGCGUUCUUCCCAUCAAAAGCAAAAGGUCUGUUGUAUUGGUUCCCCCAGGCUAGAGCACGUCUGAUGUCACCUACAUAAGUGGAUUUUGCAGGAGAUGGAGUAUUUAAAAAAGAUCCAGUCAUCUUUGCAGCCCAGUGGUGGCUUCAGUAGCCACCUAGAUUUUACCUUAAUUCUAACACAUGUCUGUUAAACUUUGCCGGACCACAUGGAAAGAUUUAGGUGAAUCCCUAGCAGAGUUCUUUCCAUGCCUCCCUGCGUGUGCCUAGAUAUCACUUGAGGAAUGAGGUGCGAUUUUAUAAAUCAUUUGAUCCAAAAAGUCCAUCACAGGAAUUAGCUAAAUCGAGUUUAUCCUGAGAGAGACAAAGUAAGAGGGAAAAGAAAAGAUGCAUCAAAUGAACGGGAAUACCUACCGAUGUUUUUAAACUGUUUCUGUUUGUAUUCUUUUUUUCUAUCUAUGACAGAGAUGUGCUAUUUUUUCAGUGAGCAAUUUUGUAAUACAUUCAGACUAUCCUCGUGCAGAGAUGGUUUUCUGUUGCCUUGCCAAGGUGGUGGAGAGUGUCUCUGGACAGUCGGACGGAUCGCCUCAUCAUCUGCCAGCAGUUGGCAAAGGCCAGGCCUCUGCUUGCAUUUGCAAGGAAAGCAAGCUCUUCUCACCGAGUCCUAUUUCCGUGUUUGAUGAGGGCUUUUCAGCUCGUUACACUAAUACUCAUUCAAAAACAGAGUAGACUCUGCUGUAAAACCUACUGCCUGCUGAAAUGUGGAGUACAGGUCAAGGGGGACCACUGCUUGCUCUUUUUCACCACCUUUGAAGACUUCCUAUUUGAUGGCUUAUGAGCAGGCAGCAAAGCAAGGAAAAUGAUUACCGCUUUCUGCUGGGCUUCUCCAGGAGCCCAGCACUUCCUGUAGUGAAGUCCAGUGUCUCCGUGUGGGAAGGCAGGUAGGGAGGAAGGAAGCGAGCUCUGAACCAAGAGCCAGAGGAGGCCUCAAUGGACGGCACACUGGCUAGGCCUCAGUUUCUUCAUUUAAAGAGCAGGAGCUUAACAUGAUGACUCCCAAGGCUUCCUCUAGCCUUGGUACCUCUGAUAAGCAUGUUGUCGGGAAAUCCUUUUUUCACAGAUAGCGAUGACGUUAGCAGAAUGCAUAGCUUGGAGAGGCAGAGUUACUUGACAUGUAACAUACAAUAUCAGCCUUUGAGAUUUGGCACUCCUGUGAUGUUGAGAAUGAAUAUCUAAAUGAUUGAAGUGCAAGUCAAAGUAGGAGUUGUUUUGUCUGACUUUGUUUUAAAACCGCCAUUAAUCACAGAGCUUGAAAUCUCUGGAUGAGAAAUACCUUCAAAUCCUGGUUAUCGGCAUGGAGAGCAUCUGUGGGAGUUUCUUUACCUCGAAGGUGUUUCUUUUUCUUGGUCAUCAUAGGACUGCACCACCUACCCCUCUUUGGUCAGCUUUACCCAAAAUAAACAUUGGCAUUAUCUUAAAUCCAGUGAAAUUAGAAGGCAAAUUCAACAGCAAAAGAAAUAAAAAUUGUAUUCCAUACCCUGAAAGAAAAUGCUUUUGGGGUUGUAUAGUUCUCCGUUUGAUGAAUGUCACCUCUUCCUGUCAGUGGCCAGGGAAAUCAGGAAUGGAUCACACAUGUGGGCCCUGACCACAGCAGCCCCCAGAGGAUGCUGCAGAGUCAAUGAGGAACCCAGGAGGCCAGUGAGAAGCCUAUGGAUUAGGCACAAAGAAGGUUCUGCUGCAAACCCCCUAAACCUAGGAGAUUAUACACUUACCAAAGAUUUGUUUCUAGAGGACUUCCGUGUAGCUUUGGUAGUUACAAAGAAGUUUAACCAGCAUCAAAGGGUUCAAAAGAAAGGGAAAGAGCCCCACCCCAUAGCCUUCUUCACCACCUCCCUCCAAAAAAGAGACUAUUCCCUGGGGACUCAGAGGUUCACAGAUGAGUGUCAGAGAGCCUGUUAACCCUCUAGAAGUAUAGAAAAACCAUAUGCAUAUUUGCAGAUGUGCAUUUUUCUGUAGUAAGGGUCUAGACCAGCACCAUCCAGUAGAAAUGUAGUGCAAGUCACAUAAGUAAUUUAAAAUUUUCUACUAGCUGCAUUCAAAAAAGUAAAAGAAACAGGUGAGAAUAAUUUUAAUAAUAUAUUUUAUUUAAUCUAAUAUAGUUUCAACAUGUAAUUAAUAUAAAAAAAUUAAUGAAAUAUUUUACAUACUUUUUUUUAUUAUGAAUUCUGUAUUUACACUUACAGCACUUCUUAAUUCGGACUAGCCAGAUUUCAGCGCUCAACAGCUUUAUGGGGCUACUGGCUACCAAUUGAACAGUGUAGGUCUACAAUUUCUCCAGAUUCCCUGACCCCUACAGAACAAAAAAGUUACAACCUUAAUUACCUCCAGAGAGAACUAGAUACCACCCAAGUCACCUAAUGAAAGGCCAUGAGAUCUGUUUAUUUUGUAAUGAAUAAAGAUUCAGGCAGCCCUUCCUGAAAUUUCUCCUUAAACUUUCUAACCACACUACUGAUGUCCAUUACCAUUUAUUGUUACUGCGCUGGCCAGUUGCUUUUCAAAAAGUCACACAAACCCUAUUGUUUUGAUGUUGAAACAAAAUUAUAUCCUUCACUUCAAUGACAACCUAUGUGUGGCACUUAGAAUUCCAGAUUGUAGCCACCCAACUUUACCUCAACCCCAAGUUCUUCUUCUCAGUUGGUAUAAGGUCUCUUACCAGUCCCAAUGCCCCCUACCUCCACAACUGUAGCUGAAACUCAUGGAUUUGGGAAGAAAGAGUAAGAAGUUACAUACUGACCCGAAAUAUAAGAUUCUGUGUGGCAUUACUGAGAGUCUUUGGGACUUGUGACUGUCCAAUCUCUCCUUGGUGAGCUGUAACCUCCUCCAGCCUCCAGCCCUCUACUCAGAAGUCAGCAUACCCCUUGCCCCAUGGCUCUGAGGAAGAAAAGGAGCAUUUUCACUCACCAAGAAUAAUUUAAGGUCACCUGUAGGAAUUGCCACCUCCGGUGUGGCUGGUCCCUUUGGGAAGCACUGAGCCCUGAUCGUGAAUAGAGCAUCUGAAUACUGAUUUGUUCUCUAGGGUUUGAGCACCACUAAACUAUCAACUCUGAUUGGUCAUCUAGGCAGGCAGAGGUAGAGAGUUGGGAAAAGGUAGAAAGUUAAAAGCAGGAAAGACAUCUACCUAUUUUCUCAUCAUAUGGUAAUGAUCACAGCCAUGGAGCCAAAUCUCUGUCCAAAGAGUUUAUUUCUUUUAGCAUUUCCCACAUUCUGGUGGAACUAUCCCUGGACAUGCUGGGCUUGGUCAUAUCAGUAACCAGAGUGCCCAGUGGCCAUUUCAGUUACUGCCCUAACAUCCCUGUAGCCGCAUGCUUUCCAAACUAAAAAUGAUGACAGAUAGCAUAACAUGAGAUUCUUUCUUAUAUUUAAAUUUUGCUUAUAUGGAAAUGAAUUUAUUUUUCAGGCAAUUUCAACCUUCUUUGCUGUGCCAUUCAUAAGUGUUUAAAUGGCAUUUAAUUACACAUUGAAUGCAUUGCCUUUAUUGAAAGCAGCAGAAUCUCAUUAAGUCAAAACUCUUUCAGAAAAUUUGGGAUAAAGAGUCACCUCUCUGUGGCGGAGUGUCAACCGUCUGUGGGGCUGAGGCCAUGGAGACAGUCUCUGGUAGUAUUUUUAAUAUUCUGUCACAUAGAUUUCUUUCCCUUUUCUGCCUGUGUUUCUGUUUCUCUCUAGUCCUGUCUUUCUUUAACUGCCUGCCUCUUUUCUCAUAGUCCCUCUCCUUUCUGUUUUUCCUUAUUUCUUUAUUUUCUCUUCUUGCAAGAAACUCUCAAGUAGCAUUCACGACCAAAAAAAUCUGGUGGCUCUAGAUCUGUGGAGAUAUUAUCAUUAUUGUUACUGUUGCUAUUUUUCUUCUUUUUAUGGUGUAGCCAUAUCUAUAUUUGCACCUCUGAUGAAGAAAACCAGAUGACUAAAAAAGAAAAUUACUCAUUUUAUCUCAGACCUCUUAUAACUCUUGCCUCUUUUUUCAGACACCCUUGCCAGAAAAGUCCCCAAGGCAAAGAAUGGCAAAGUAAUAAUUCCCGGAUGCUCUAUAGAUGCAUCUGUUCCACCUCCAGCAGUUGCAACCUUCUGAGUUCACCACAUGUCCCAAGGCUAGGGUUUCUGGAAUACCUUGUGGGCUGCACUGGACCCCAUGUCCGUUCAUGCUUCUUGACAUUGAGCACAAGUGCUUACUCUUUGUAAGGAUUAAGAGGCCACUUCUUCCUUAAAACUAAACAAGAGGUACAAAGGGACUGUCCUCUAAAGUGAGGGAUACACAGCUCCUUGUGCAGCGCUCCGAGUGCAAAAGGUCACUUAUGGAUGCUGUUGCCUGGCUGGAACUGAUGAGCACGUUUGAUGAGGACAAUUAAAAGCAGGUGGGAACGCCACCCUGCAGGAAGUCAGAAAAGAGGAUAGCAGGCGUUCCAGUCAGGGAGCUGGUCCCAGCAUGGCAGGAAGGCUACAGCGAUUAACAGAAUGUGGAUGCGUUUCCUGAAUAAAUGCUUAUGUCUGAGAUUUAGAAUGACCUGGGUUUUGUUUUUGUUUUUGCUUUUUGAGGAGUUGAACACUUAUGAAUGGCACAGCAGAGAAGGUUGGGAUUGCCUAAAUAAACUCAUUCUGAGAAGCAGGAAUCAGUUUCUCAUCAUCACUUACCUCUUCCCUUUAUCUGCUUUUCUCCCCAUCCCACACCCCCAAGCCGUUUGCAAUAGUAACAGUAAUUUUGAAAGGCACAUAGAUCAAUAGUCACACUCGUCUGCUCUGAGCCUUUUGAGGGCACUCAAUUAUCAUCCCAGAACUAAUGAAGUGAUUCCAGGUGCUAGAUGUGGCUUCUUAAUUACCAAGCCAUUUAGUUGCAAAACCUGCUUCUUCUACAGAGAACCUGCUGAGGUCAGUCACAUCUCUCAUUACCGCCCUCUGAACUAUGCCUGUCUUGAGUGCUUCAUAAUCAAGUGGCUUCUUCAGGAAUAGCAGUGAUCAAAGACCUUCUAAUCCUUGUGCUACCAUUGAAGUUUGCACUUACUACAUAGCCAUUUGCUCUAUGACCACUUGAUAAAUAUUUGUUGAUGAUAAUGAUAAGGCAAAAAUACAAAUCUCUUAAGAGGUCUGCAGGGCUGAACAGGGCGAGAGGGAAAACUUGUGGAAAAGGUAGUUCAACCCGAGUUACCCAAAGUCACCGCUUGGCAGAGUGUCUGUAGCUUAGUCAUCCUUCCCAAAGUGAAGGGCUUGGAGAAGCAGGGAAAAUAUGGAGACCAUGUGUGCUGUUCAAACCAAAGACCGAUCACCAUCCAAAUGGACACAUGUUUCUUCCAUUGACUAGUUUAAUUUUUUCCAAAUGUUCUCAUAAGUGAAAGUGAAGAUGGGUGGCAUGAUUGCAUGAAGCUGUGAAACUUUAGAGGGUUUUCUCUUGCAGGCUGGCCAUAGGCCAUUACGAAACCCAGAAAUCUACAGUGGCCUUAGUGCCACACUGUCUUUAAAGUUCAGCACUUAGACCCCUUCUCCCUUAAAAGUUUCAGACAAAUCUAGUGCUUUAUUGAACUCAGAAUAUUGUUCUCUUUGAGAAUGUGAAAAUUUUAAAUAGCCAAAGAAUUUCCACACGUAAGAGCUCGCUAAUUACGGUAUAUCCCUCUGUUUGGAAGAAAAUACCAAACAGUUGCCUGUACUGAUAGAAGUUAGAGCAGUUGAAGAAAGACUAACACGUGGACUUUUCAGCCUGAUGUGUGUUGGCAGAGACGAUACUUACAGUUCUGUGGGUGUUAUUGCAAGGGGCAGGGUGCCCUCUGCUGGAAUAAUCUCCAUUAUCCUUUCAGCAAGUUAAUUUAACUUGGGUCACCAUUUCCUUAACAGUUAGUUAAUUUGCCUUUCAUCGUACAAUUUCCUCAGUUGAGAAUUUGGUCCGUGUUUAUAGAAAGAGGAAAAUAUGUCACAGGCUCUGGAAAGUUGAAUGGGGUACCCAGAGAUUUUCUCACGGUCAGCAGCCCCUUCUUCUGCAAAAUGUUGAGCUGUAUUACUCUGUUUUCAAGGAAGAUGCAUCUGUCUGGAAUGCUUGUACAGAGUUACAAGGCAAGGGCCUGAUUUUUUUGUAAUUUAUCUCAACUUUAUUCUUGUGAAAUUGCAAAGGAAGGUCAAUAAACAGAUUUCUUUCAUAUGAAUGUAAAUGGUGUGAAAUACUGAUGUGUUUUGUACAUGUACAUAAUAAUAUAUUUACUUCCUGCUUUCACAUUACU